AUGGUUGUGUCUGACAAGGUGUCCAGUGUUGAUGGGUUUGUGUUUGAAGUUGAUGGGUUUGUGUUUGGUGUUGAUGGGUUUGUGUUAGGUGUUUAUGGGUUUGGGUUAGAUGAUAAUGGGUUUGUGCUUGGUGUUGAUGGGUUUGAAUUAGGUGUUGGUGUAAAUGGGUUUGUGUUUGGUGUUGGUGGGUAUGUGUUAGGUGUUGGUGGGUUUGUGUUAGGUGUAAAUGGGUUUGUGUUUGGUGUUGAUGAGUUUGUGUUUGGUGUUGGUGGGUUUGUGUUAGGUGUAAAUGGGUUUGUGUUUGGUGUUGGUGGGUUUGUGUUAGGUGUAAAUGGGUUUGUGUUUGGUGUUGAUGAGUUUGUGUUUGGUGUUGGUGUUGGUGUGUUUGUGUUUGAAGUUGAUGGGUUUGUGUUUGGUGUUGAUGAGUUUGUGUUUGGUGCUGAUGGGUUUGUGUUUGAUAUCGAUUGGUUUGUGUUAGGGGUUGAUGGGUUUGUGUUAGGUGUUGAUUGGGUUGUGUUAGGUGUUGAUGGGUUUGUGUCUGGUGUUGAUGGGUUUGUGUUUGGUGUGUUUAUGGGUGUUGAUGGGGUUGUGUUUGGUGUUAAUGGGUUUGUGUUUGGUGUUGGUGGGUUUGUGUUUGAUAUCGAUUGGUUUGUGUUAGGGGUUGAUGGGUUUGUGUUAGGUGUUGGUGUGUUUGUGUUAGGUGUUGAUGGGUUUGUGCUAGGUGUUGGUGUGUUUGUGUUUGAAGUUGAUGGGUUUGUGUUAGUUGUUGAUGGGUUUGUGUUAGGUGGUGAAGGGUUUGUGUUAGGUGUUGAUGGGUUUGGGUUAGGUGUUGAUGGGUUUGUGUUAGUUGAUGGGUUUGUGUUAGUUGUUGAUGGGUUUGUGUUAGGUGGUGAAGGGGUCGUGUUAGGUUUUGAUGGGUUUGUGUUAGGUGUUGAUGCGUUUGUGUUUGGUGCUGAUGGGUUUGUGUUAGGUGUUGAUGGGGUUGUGUUAGGUGGUGAUGGGUUGGUGUUAGGUGUUGGUGGGUUUGUGUUAGGGGGUGAAGGUGUUGCUGGGUUUGUGUUAGGUGUUGAUGGGGUUGUGUUAGGUGGUGAUGGGUUGGUGUUAGGUGUUGGUGGGUUUGUGUUAGGUGGUGAUGGGUUCGUGUUACCUGUUGAUGGGUUUGUGUUUGGUGUUGUUGGAUUGCUGCCAGAGGGCGCUCUCUUCAGACAACAGCAAUAG